AUGUUUAUUGAAAGACAACGGGGUCAUCAUUCUCGGAUUUCCUGUUGUGACGAUGCUCUUGUCUGGAAUGCGCAUCGAAUUUACGGACCGAUUCGUUUACGGUGGAUGAUGCAAGGUUUCCGUCUUUUGGGCAUUUUCUGGCAUCGAUCCGAGGGUUCUCUAUUCACUGAACAUUUCCCCGUUGAAAAAUUCAAUUUAAAUGAUCAAUUCGGAUUCGAUCAACCGGCGAUUGUACUCCAAAAAGUUGAAGCUGCAAAU